AUGACUGAGGAGGACACUGAGUGGAGGGUCGAUGCAGGUACGACCGCGAUCACAGAGAUCCAGGGUGCAAUUGAAGCCUGUGUGAAGCUCAGUGGGAUGCCUGACCUGACCUUGUCCUUUAUGAAUCCUCGUCUUCUUGAUGACGUGAGUUUCCACCCGUGCGUUUGGUUUAGGCGCCGGGAGUCGGAGCGCGUCCUGUCAUUGAUCCCAGCGGAUGGAAAGUCCACGCUCAUGACCUACCGCGUCAGCUCUCAAAAUCUCGUAGCCAUUCCAGUGUAUGUGAAGCAGAACAUCAAUUUUUUCGAGACAGGAUCUUGCGGUCGCUUGGACAUCACCAUUGGACCCAAGCAGACAAUGGGGAAGACGGUGGAGGACCUGAAAGUCUCUAUCCACAUGCCUAAGGCUGUGCUUAAUGCCAACCUCACAGCCACACAGGGAAACUACACCUAUGACUUUGCUACAAAGGUGUUGGUUUGGGACAUUGGUAAGCUUAAGCCCCAGAAGCUUCCUAACCUGCGAGGCAGUCUGAGUAUGCAGACAGGUAUCCCUAAACCCGAAGAGAACCCCUCGCUCAACAUUGACCUAAAGAUCCAGCAGUUGGCCAUAUCAGGUCUUAAAGUGAACCGUCUCGACACGCACGCAGAGAAGUACGAGCCGUUUAAAGGCGUCAAAUAUGUGACUAAAACAGGCAAAUUUCAAGUGAGGACCUGA